UUCUCUCUUUCAUCUCAAGAACUCAAACGCACGCCUUCACUUCCAGCUCCAGAGGGAGAGGCUCGCUCCCCCGGCUCGCCGACGCCGGGACUCUGCUCCGUCGCUUGAGGCCCGCUGCCGCCGUGGCUCUCUGUUUUUCUUUUGGGUGCGCAAAGUCAGCUGAUUUUCUCUCCGGACGAUUAUGGGUAUGCUGCUGAGUUGGACUUUGCAGAGUAUAAUUGGUUGCAGGUGGCCACUUGUGUAAUACAGUUACUCAUGGUGAGUUGGAUAUAGCAGAUGAUCUUCCAGAGAGACUAAGCCAGCAACAUGGUCUCAUCAAUGGUAGUGGGUAGUCUGAAGCUAUGGACCAAUCUGGUCGUAGAAGGAUUCCAAAAGUCACUCUCUAUAGCCAAGUUCCUUUGCCUCCUUCACGCCACCAAUGCCUACAUCUGCACUCCCAUCACGCCCUACGGCCCAAGCAUGCUUCCAACCUUGAACUUGACUGGUGACUUGGUCCUUGUGGAGCGGGUCUCGACCUGGCUUGGCAAAGUGGAUCGAGGUGACAUGGUGCUCUUGCGCUCUACAGAGGAUCCAAGGAAGGUUGUGAUCAAGCGCAUCAUGGCAAUGGAAGGCGAUACUGUUACUUACCUCGUGGAUCCCAAGAACAGCGAUGCAUCAAAAACUUGUGUGGUUCCUCGGGGAAACAUAUGGAUACAAGGUGACAACAUAUAUAAUUCUAGAGAUUCACGAACUUUUGGGGCUGUGCCCUAUGGUCUUGUGGAAGGCAAAUUGUUCUGGAGGCAGAUAUGGCCACUCAAAAGCUUUGGCUCUCUACAUGGAGAAGCCAAAGAAGAUUCAUAGGUCUUUUGAGGCAUGGAAGGAAGUUCUAUUGCUGAGAAGAUUUUCGCCAAUAUAGAUGAUACCUAGUGCACGUCCAAUCCUAAGUGAGCACAUAUUCUCUCCCAUAGAUGCAUGGGUAUGUGUUGAUUAUACCCCGAGUAUUGUUUGCAUUGUAAAAGAGUAAUUGCAGCUCUUUUGGCUACCUUGUAAUCAAUGAAAUUUUCUGGCAUCAUAGAAUGGCAUUGUUCAUUUCUUUC